CCAACCCUCUUCUCCUUCUCCUCCGCCCCACUCCCUCCCCCUUUCCCCCUCAACUACGACUUUCUUUUCAUCGCCAUCUAUGCUCUCUUCUACGCCUCCGCCGAUAUAAAGCCGACUCUCUCGUCACCCUCCUCGCUUUUCUUUGCUAGUUUGCUUCCCCUUCCUCGCCAACAACUUUGGAUUAUCCCUAACUUGGAAGUUGAAUAAGGUUUAGGGUUUCGCUAUGGCGGGAAAAGGGGGAAAAGGGCUUCUGGCAGCGAAAACCACCGCAGCUAACAAAGACAAAGACAAAGACAAGGAUAAGAAGAAACCUAUUUCUCGCUCUUCUCGUGCUGGAAUCCAAUUUCCUGUGGGUCGUAUCCACAGACAGCUGAAGCAAAGGGUCCAAGCUCAUGGACGUGUUGGUGCAACUGCUGCAGUUUACUUGGCCUCCAUUCUUGAAUAUCUGACAGCUGAGGUUCUUGAACUUGCGGGGAAUGCAAGCAAGGAUCUCAAAGUGAAGAGGAUAACACCAAGACACUUACAGCUUGCUAUCAGAGGAGAUGAGGAGCUUGACACUCUCAUCAAAGGAACCAUUGCCGGUGGUGGUGUUAUUCCCCACAUUCACAAAUCCUUGAUCAACAAAACCUCCAAGGAAUGAAUGAUUCAUCUUGUGUUAAGCUUCUGAUUUAUAUAAUAUGGCUGUUGACUGAAUCUCAAACUAGGUGUUAAUUAUGAUGACUUUGAUUAAACUAGGAUUUAGCUUGAUUCUCUUUUGCAAGUAAUUUGUUUAGAACUAUGAUGCUGUUAGGAUGUAAAUUGGUCAGGGAUGGUGCUUUCAUGUGAUCUUUUUAACUGCUGGAUUUGUUCUUAUAGUUGUAGCUUUGACCGAUCGAAAUUAUCCUUUUUUUUUUGUUAUAAUAUAUGAUUUGUAGUCUUUAUUGUUUA